CACAGGAAUUACAGUUAGAUCUCUUUAUGUACAGUACCGGUCAAUUAUGUUGAUUUAUGACUACAUGCACAUUUGCUGUACAACUACACAAAAUGACACUAUUACUGAUUUUGAAUAAGUUACAAAUUAUAGUAAUACUUCAGAAUUUAUCUGAAUAUAUAAGCUACGGGAUUGUAGUGUUGGUUGAUCGGUAUGGAUUGAUGGGUUGGUUGAUGGGCUUGGGUUGAUUAUGGUCUAUAUACAGUCCAGUAUGGCUGGGCGGUGUGCUGUACAGAGGGACUUCCUGGAUGCAGCAUCAGGUUAGAGGGAGGAGUAACAGACUGGGGACAUGAAGUGACAGUUCACACUCAUCAGAGACUCACACAUGGCUCACAGUCAACAAGAAGAGAGAGCACACAGAGAGAGAUUGUCUCGGAAGAUGCUACGUGGCACCAGUGGAAGAUCAGACCGCACCACCAUUUGACUGAUGUUGGGGGCCCCUCUGAAGACUACCCGCGGAGGUUCUUUAACCUUUUUUCCAGUUGUGGAUCAGUGCUUAAGAUGUGCCAGGGCUUUUUAAUGAUGUGGUCAAACUGUUUACCAAGUGGGGAGUAUUGAAGGAAGCAUUUAACACGUUGGUCAGGAGGGCGGGGAGGUUUUGGCAUGAGGCUGUCAUCCUUGGUCAUAUUUUUAUAACGUUCCCCUGCAUCAUGCAGCCAUUCCUCUGGGUAACCUCGCUGUCUGAAACGCUCAUCCAGACAGUCGGCUUGCUUGUCAUAGUCACUCUGUGUACUACAAAUCCUGCGUAUGCGACUGUAUUGGCUGAUGGGGAGGCUCUUUUUUAGGGGUCUAAGGUUGGAAGCUGUCUCCGGGUAACAAGGAAUUCCUGUCCGUCGGCUUCCUGUUUAGACCUGUGGACACAGACAAGGGGACCAGAGAAAGAGGUGAAAGAGGACAGAGGACAGAGUGUUGUGGUUGAUUCAUUGAGGCAGUGGAGACAGGAUGUGGGUCCUCAUUUUGGCAGCUCUACUCUUCUCUCUGGCAGAGAGAGCAACAUGUCGAAAACUGGCAGCACCACCAGCAGCAUCACCCUGGACCAUCACCUUCAGUCCAGCAGAAAUAACAGCAGAGAAGGGACUAUGUGCUGUUAUUUCAUGUACUUUCUCUCACCCUGAUAACAUCAAACCUACCACUGCAAUAUGGUUCAAGUGCCCUACAAAGGACAAAUGUGAUAAGGAUAAAAUCAUAAUUUUCCACUCUAAAAAACCCUCUCAAGCUCAGGAGGGUUAUAAACAGAGAGUGUCUCUACUGGAGACUGAUCUGACAAAGAAGAACUGUAGUGUGAUCAUCAACGACAUCAGAGAGAAUGAUGCUGGAGAGUAUCAAUUCAGACUUCCAAGUUCAUAUACAUACACGAAGAAAGUGAACAUCACAGUGAGCGCUCUGACCCAGAAGCCCUCAGUAUUGACUCCUGCUCUGACAGAGGGAGAACCAGCUACUCUGACCUGCACCGCCCCGGGGAUGUGCUCUGGAACUCCUCCUAACAUCACAUGGACAUGGAGAGGAACAGGAGACAACAUCACUGAGCUCAGAGACAACAUCACCAUACAGGAGAGAGAGAACCUGACCACUGUGACGACAACCCACUUCUCAACGUUGACCUUCACCCCCUCAGCUAAGCAUCACGGCACCAACGUCACAUGUCUGGUGACAUUCAAUGGCCGCAUCACCACUAAGAAGACACUGACAAUGAAUGUGGCACAUGUGAAGGAACCCAAGAUCUCUGGUUGUAACACAGUGAGAGAGGGUGAUACCCUGAAUCUGACCUGCAGUGAUGACAGAUACCCACCAUCAUCAUCUAACAUCACCUGGAGUAAGAAGGGGACAACAGCUUUGGAACAGAAUAACUCUGGACGGGCCACUCUCAUCAUCUCUAACAUGACAAGAGAACAUGCUGGGGAGUAUGUGUGUACAGCUCAACACCACAGUAGAUCUCUGACGGCUUCCACUGUUGUCACUGUGAUGUUGAUCAGCACCAUCAGCCUGCCUGUCAGAAACCACACCAAUACCACUAUGGAGUGUGUCAGCAGAAAUGAAGCGGGCAGAGUGAGAGAGGUGCAAGUCACCCAAAUAGAAAAACAAGAAGAGGAUGUGUCUAAAGACAUCAUGGCUUUGCUGUCGGACCUACAACUGAUUACUGCAUUUGUGGUUGGUGCAUCCCUCUCAGCCACCAUCUUUUGUAUCUUCCUGUGUUUGAAAGGGAAACGUAAAAGACAAAAAGAGAGGAUCCCAAAGGACUCAGACUCCAAAAGCCCGUUCAUGAACCUGGAGAUGGUGACAUGUGAAGACCAACAGAUGGAUGCAGGACAGGCUGUGGGAGGCAAACAGACCCCUCUGCAGGUGGAGCUGAGGGAGGGAGAAGAAAACGGAGGGCCCCAGACCAGUGGAGCCGUAGGGAAAUCUACCACAGGGGGAGAACCAAAUGAAGUGGACUACGCCAGUAUCAACUACUCCCUGCUGAAGAAGAAGACUCCUGAGGAGGCAGAGAAGAAGACCACCACCACAGAGACAGACUACGCCGAAAUCAAACGACAGAAGAAGAAUGAGGAGGAAGAAGAUGGUGGAGAGGGGAGUGGUGUGAUGGAAGAGGUGGAAUGGGAGGAAGGGGAGGAGACGGUAGGGAAGGAAGAGGAGAAAGAGAACAGUAAGCCAUUACGAGAGACAGAUGAGGAUACAGCCCUUUACUCCAACGUCAAGGCUAUUAUGGGUGGAGAGUGACACAGCAAUGUGGGAAAUAGCGCACAGUACUAUGGCUUCUAAUAUACAGCACUGCAGUGUUUUCUCAGAUUGAAUGUUUUAUGAUGAUAGAGACUUUGUUUAACUGAAACUACUGCAGGAAAUAGUUUUGGUAAUUCUUUAUUUUUCAGCCUUGUAUAAUGUAAUGUUAGUUUUGUAAUGAUUCUGUUUUUGUGUCACCAUGGAAGGACAUGGUGUCUCCUCUGAUCCUUCAUGUUUUUGUAUUUUGAUUUAACCCUAACCCUAUAUAUUGAGGCACUACCUUACUUUUGAUGUUUGUGUGUGUUUUAGUUGUUUGCUAUCUGCUAAGAAUUUCUAAAUGAUGUUUUAACUGUCUUGUAGCAUGAUGUACUACAGUACCCAUAAUGCUCUGUAUCAAUAUACGGUUUCAUCUUGGUAAAGACGUUCCUAAAGCUAA